CAACUCCAGCCUUACAGUGUAACAGAGAGAAGUGUGAGGAGCAGCAAUAAAUAGGGUCACUUCCAGGUCAGUCCCUCCCACGAGGAGCCAAUGGGAAUGUGGGAGGAAGCGAGUGACACAGGGAUGAAGGGGAAGAAGAAGAAGAAGGAUAAAAAUGAGGAGGAGGAGGAGCGGGGGAAGAAGGAGAGAAUGGUGAAUCUGACACUGGAGAUGAUCUAUCUGCUGACUGGAGAGCACUACAUCCCUAGGAAGAAGUCAGAUGAUGGGGGGGCCCUGCAUGCCCCUGGCUCCGUCAUACAGAAGGAAAAUAACAAGAAUGACAAGAAGAUCCUGGAACUCAUGUCCAACAUCAUCCAGCUGCUGACUGGAGAGGUUGCCAUAAGGACUCAUCAUGUUUCCAUCUAUUUUUCCUUGGACGAGUGGGACUAUAUAAAAGGAAACAAGGACCUUUAUGAGGAAGGGAUGAAGGAGGAGGAGCCCCAGCAGCUCCGCCCACUGGGUUGGGAAUUUGAUGUAACAAGUGAUAUUGCAACCAAUGGGAUUAAAGAGGAAGUAGCUUUGUGCCAAUCAGAUUGCAGCAUUAAUCCAUUUACAGAACAGGGAACCGAUACACCUACGCCUAUCAUGGGAUGCAGCCUGAAUAACAGUUCAGCAGAGGAUUUUAAAGAAGAAGCAGCUUCAAGGGAAGAAGAAAAUCACAUUGCAGAACAAACACAAAGAACAGACACAUCGACUCUCAUGGAGCAGAGCCUGAAUAGCAGCUUGUUCCCUACAGACACAUCCGAUAGUUCUGAAGAUGAAUUGGAUUCAUAUGACACAGACCAUAAUUACUGCAACAUAAAUACAGAACACACACUAGGAACAGACCAAUCAGCUCCUACCAUGAGCUGCAGCCUGAAUACCAACUCACCAGAUCAUUAUGUAUCAUUUAUUGUUAAAGAGGAAACAACUUCAUGGGAAGGGGAAAGCCAAUCAUAUUACAGAAUUCAACCACUUACAGAACAGAUACAGGGAACAGAUACACCUACUCCUAUCAUGGGAUGCAGCCUGACUAACAACUUGGCAGAUAAUUAUAUAUUAAAUGCUAUUAAUGAGCAGUCAGCUUCAUGGGAAGGUGGGAACCAAUCAGAUUACAGAAUUAUUACAAUACCCAGACAAGUACCAGGUACAGAUCAGACUACUCCUGUUGGGGGAUAUACUCUGUAUAACAGUCACACUGAUAUCAGUAACGAUGGGGAAGGGGAAACUGUUAAUGAUUCCAAACCAACAAAAGGAAAGUUACGUUGCGCUGUGUGCAAUAAAAUGUUUGUAAGUAAGAGAACUCUGGAACGCCAUCAGAUCGUUCACACAGGAGAGAAACCCUAUUCUUGUUCCGUUUGUGGGAAACAAUUUGCACGCGUCUUCACCCUCACCGUGCACCAGAGAACUCACACGGGAGAGAAACCGUUUCCCUGCAAUGAAUGCGGCAAAUGCUUCUCAAGUCUAGCGCAUAUGGUCUCGCAUCGCAGGAUUCACACAGGGGAGAAGCCAUUCUCGUGUCCUGAUUGUGGCAAAUGUUUCGCACAUCGCUCCACCCUCAGCAGCCAUCAAAAAAUUCACACGGGGCAGAAGCCGUAUACAUGCCCGGAAUGUGGGAAAUGUUUCUCACGCCUGUAUCUGCUGAGCGUGCAUCGCAAGAUUCACAUCACAGAGAAACAAUACACUUGCACUGAAUGUGGAGAAGGGUUUUCACAUGUCCAACAGCUGCGCCAGCAUCACAAGAUUCACACGGGGGAGAAUCGCUUCUGGUGCCCUGAGUGCGGGAAAGGCUUUGCACAUCACUCGUGGCUGAAAAGUCAUAUAAGAACUCAUACAGGAAAAACUAAUGUAGUCCCAUCCUGAUUGUGCUUUGUGGUUGAAUCGGUAGAGACAGAGAGAUUGAGUUGGUCAAAACCAGUCUAAUUAAAAAGCCCAGAAAAAUGAAGGGGAAAUGUCUGGUGUGGCAGUUGCUAUGCAGUUCUGAAUCACAACAGAUAAGGACUGCCCUGAGCUGCCAUUAAAGAGGAACGAUCAUGAAAAUGAACAUUUAAAGGAGACAUUUUGUGUAAAAAUAAGAAUGUACCAGUGCAUUAUACUCAUUUAGAUAUAGAAGAAUUGUGCUUAAAAAAGUAGUGUUUCAGGCUGAUUUAUUGAAUAUUUCUGCAAAACUCCUAAUAAUCCCUCCCUUCUCUUCCACUUGCUGCUCCCUGAAUUCCCAGGCUGUGCACUCAGCUCACUGCACUGUAGGACAGGAACCAAUCAGCAGCUAGCAGGACCUGAUAGGGAACUGAAGCCUGUCUGUGCUUGUGUGACUGCAGGGCUGUGAUUGGCUGUCCCCCUCCUACUGUGCUUCUGGCAGGGACCGUUAGGACACGCCCACCCCUCAUGUGAAACACAGACAGGGACCAGAGAACAUCUAUAGGGAGCUCCAAUAAAGGGACUAUUUUUAAAGAUAAUAUUAAUGUUUAGCCCCAUGUAAAAGCAACACCAUAUAUUACUUAUACUUGCCUACACAAUUAGGGUUUUUUCAUUUAUCCUAUAUGACUCCUUUAAUAUAAGCUUCAUCAUACAGAAAAAAGACAUUUCCUAAGCAAAAUAAAAAUUCUAUACCAUUGGUGAAAUAUUCACGUUACUCUUCACUAUUGUCUUCUCAGCGUCUGUCUCUUCAUUCUGUCUUCAUGCAGGAGUUGAAGAGAGACAAAUGCUGCGAGGGAAGUAGUGAAGGGUAACUUGAAUAUUCAGAAACGGUACAGAUUCUUUUGAUUCUUGUUUUAGUAUGCUGCAGCUUAAAUUACAUUUUUAUUUUUGUGAUAUUUCCCUUUAAGUACUUGUUCAUUUAAUGCAAUAAAAUCAUUUUUAUUUGAAUUUGA